AGAGGUGGGGGAGUCCAGCAGGAAGGCACCAUCCGGUCAAGUUUUCUCCUACAGUACAGGUCUCCUCCACUCAGCAGCCAUGAAAUUCUCCCUCAUCGCAGCCGUUGUUCUGCUUGCUCUGGCACAAGGAAGCUUUGCCCAAGAUACUGCCGAUCUUGAAAAGCUCGGUCAGUACCUUGAGGACAUGAAGAACAAGAUGGUUCUGGACCUGACCGAGAUCAUACGCACCCACGACCUGGCCAACCAGGCUACGAGCUUCGUGAAUGAGAAGAAGACUCAGCUGGAGCCCCUGGUGGCUCAUAUCCAGGAGCAGCUGCAGACCGUGGCCUCCAACGCCGAGGCCCAGAUCAAGCCCCUGGCCGCCAACGUGCAGGCUCAGUUCCAGCCCCAGAUCGAUAGCUUCCAGCAGCAGAUGGAGGCCAUCUUCCAGCAGCUGACCAAGCCUGCCGCACCCAUCGAAAACUAACUGAUCAGUGCUCCUUAAAGAUGCAGCUGUGCCACACCACCACUGUGCAUCGGAUGCAGGCAGAAAUACAAGUGUUUCAGUGAUCGUUGACAUUAUCAUCUGUCCCAAAGCACAAUAAAAUCUUGAAACGCAACUG